AUGUCUUCAAUAUCGGUUCAAAUCUCGAUGUGGCGGGCUCGAAAUGACGAGAGGACCGUGCGCUAUCAGUCACGCUGCCGAUUCCUCAUCGAUGUUGGUGGGCGCGGUAUUGCACUCGCAAUACCGGUUUCUGUCUGCGAGGCGCACGUGCGCACGAUUAGUCUGGGACAGGUGGAUCAGUGGGAACUUGGGUAUGGGAGAGGGACGGGCCACUCGAGUGUGGCGUGA